CGGUCGUGGUCCUCGUUCCGGGAGCGCCGGGAGCCCGGGUGACCGCCUAGAAAUGAAUACAGAAGCAGAACAACAGCUUCUCCAUCAUGCCAGAAAUGGCAAUGCUGAGGAACUAAGAAAGCUACUGGAAACCAUGGAAAAGAGUGAAGUAAUUGCUGAUAUUAAUUGCAAAGGAAGAAGUAAGUCUAAUUUGGGCUGGGCGCCCCUUCAUCUGGCGUGCUAUUUUGGACAUAGACAAGUGGUCCAGGAUCUGUUAAAGGCUGGUGCAGAAGUAAACGUAUUAAAUGACAUGGGAGACACACCGCUUCAUCGAGCUGCCUUUACGGGACGAAAGGAGUUGGUAAUGCUUCUUUUAGAAUAUAAUGCUGAUCCCACUGUUGUUAAUGGGAGUGGACAGAGAGCAAAAGAAGUCACUCAUGAUAAAGAAAUUAGAAACAUGCUAGAAGCUGUAGAAAGGACUCAACAAAGAAAGCUUGAAGAGUUACUUUUAGAAGCAGCAAGAGAAGGCAAAACAGCGGAACUUAUAGCUCUGCUCAACAGACCCAAUCCUCCUGACGUUAACUGCUCGGAUCAGCUAGGAAAUACUCCCUUGCAUUGUGCAGCUUACCGGGCUCAUAAGCAGUGUGCCUUAAAGCUUCUAAAAAGUGGAGCAGACCCUAAUCUGAAGAACAAAAAUGAUCAGAAACCCCUUGACCUUGCCCAGGGUGCUGAAGUGAAGCACAUUCUUGUUGGUAAUAAGGUCCUCUACAAAGCACUGAAACGAUAUGAAGGCCCUCUCUGGAAGAGUUCAAGAUUUUUUGGCUGGAGGUUGUUCUGGGUGGUGUUAGAACAUGGUGUCCUUUCAUGGUAUAGGAAACAGCCGGAUGCAGUCCGUAAGAUUUAUCGCCAGGGGUGCAAACACCUAACUCAAGCAAUAUGCACGGUCAAAUCCAGCGAUAGCUGCCUCUUCUUUAUUAAAUGCUUUGAUAACACUCUUCAUGGCUUCAAGGUUCCUAAGAAUAGCCUUCAACAAUCAAGAGAGGACUGGCUGGAAGCAAUAGAAGAGCAUUCUGCUUAUAGCACUCACUACUGUUCCCAGGACCAAAUGACUGAUGAUGAUGAAGAGGAAGAUGGAGUUUCUGCUGUGGACUUGAAGGAAUCCCUAGAGAAAGCACAAACAUGCCAACAAAGACUAGAUAGGGAAAUUUCCAGCUUUCUCAAAAUGAUUAAGGAGUGCGACAUGGCUAAAGAGAUGCUUCCAUCAUUUCUUCAGAAAGUUGAAGUUGUCUCUGAAGCUUCUAGAGAAACCUGUGUAGCUUUGAGCGAUUGCCUUAAUCUCUUCACUAAACAAGAAGGGGUGAGGAACUUUAAAUUGGAACAGGAGCAAGAAAAAAACAAAAUUUUGUCAGAAGCACUGGAGACGCUAGCCACUGAACACCAUGAAUUAGAGCAGUCCCUGGUGAAAGGCUCCCCCCCGCCCAGCGUCCUCAGUGAGGACGAGUUCUAUGACGCGCUGUCAGAUUCCGAGUCGGAACGGUCCCUGAGUCGAUUGGAAGCAGUGACUGCACACUCCUUUGAAGAGGAAGGGGAACAUUUGAGCAGUAGAAAACCCAGAAUGUCUGAAGGAAAAGAUUGCGGUGGGGGAGAUGCUCUCUCCAAUGGCAUCAAAAAACACAGAACAAGCCUGCCGUCUCCUAUGUUUUCCAGAAAUGACUUCAGUAUCUGGAGCAUCCUCAGAAAAUGUAUUGGAAUGGAACUAUCCAAGAUUACGAUGCCAGUGAUAUUUAAUGAGCCUUUGAGCUUCCUGCAGCGACUCACUGAAUACAUGGAGCACACAUACCUCAUCCACAAGGCCAGUUCACUUUCUGACCCUGUGGAAAGGAUGCAGUGUGUGGCUGCCUUUGCUGUGUCUGCUGUGGCCUCUCAGUGGGAACGCACUGGGAAGCCCUUCAACCCGCUGCUGGGGGAGACUUACGAGUUAGUGCGGGAUGACCUUGGUUUCAGGCUCAUCUCCGAGCAGGUCAGCCAUCACCCACCCAUUAGCGCAUUCCACGCCGAAGGACUGAACAAUGAUUUCAUCUUUCAUGGCUCAAUCUACCCCAAACUGAAGUUCUGGGGGAAGAGUGUAGAAGCAGAACCCAAAGGAACCAUCACCUUGGAGCUUCUUGAACACAAUGAAGCAUAUACAUGGACAAAUCCUACCUGCUGUGUACAUAAUAUCAUCGUGGGUAAACUCUGGAUUGAGCAGUACGGCAAUAUGGAAAUCACAAACCACAAGACUGGGGACAAAUGUGUGUUGAAUUUCAAGCCAUGUGGCCUUUUUGGUAAGGAAUUACACAAAGUUGAAGGCUACAUUCAAGAUAAAAGCAAGAAGAAGCUCUGUGCCCUCUAUGGGAAGUGGACUGAAUGUUUAUAUAGUGUCGACCCUGCCACUUUUGAUGCUUUCAAAAAAAAUGAUAAGAAAAAUACUGAAGAGAAGAAGAACAGCAAACAGAUGAGCACCUCUGAGGAGUCGGACGAAAUGCCCGUGCCCGAUUCGGAAAGCGUGCUGGUCAUCCCCGGCAGCGCCCUCCUGUGGCGGAUAGCCCCGCGGCCCCCCAACUCUGCGCAGAUGUACAAUUUUACUAGCUUCGCCAUGGUUUUGAAUGAAGUAGACAAGGAAAUGGAGAGUGUGAUUCCUAAGACAGACUGCAGGUUACGGCCUGACAUUAGAGCCAUGGAAAACGGAGAAAUUGAUCAAGCCAGUGAAGAAAAAAAACGACUUGAAGAAAAACAAAGAGCAGCCCGCAAAAACAGGUCCAAGUCGGAGGAGGACUGGAAGACGAGGUGGUUCCACCAAGGUCCUAAUCCCCACAACGGAGCACAGGACUGGCUUUACUCCGGCAGCUACUGGGACAGAAACUACUGUAAUUUGCCUGACAUUUAUUAAAAUACAGACAAGUCAGGCAUUUGGCUAAUCUACAAAUAAGUCUUAAACCUGUGUUUUUAAAUGUUUUUCUUUGGUUUCUAUUCAUCUUUAAAAAAAAGAAAAAACCUGCUCAUAACUUGCAUUUCAUCCAACAAAAAUAGGGCAUAAAGUGAUAUUGGUGAUGAAAGUCUUACAGAAAAUGAUAAUUUUGCUAUCCAAACAUACUUAUUUGGAAUACUAUUUUAUACAAAGGUCAGAGAAACUGCUGGAGAAUAUGCUUUGUACGGCUGCUGUUGCCAUAUUUACUGAAGGUUUAUACCUAAACGUAACUUUAGCUUUAUGAAAUUAUAUAUAAUCCCAAAUCGAGUUAUUUUGAAUAUUUUAUGCUGUCAUGCUUGAAUGUUUUAGAUGUAACUCUCAAAUGUUUAGAACUCUCCUAUACAAUGUUUAUGUGCUCAAAUGCAGAGAAGGUUAUGUCAUUUUGUAAAGACUUCAUUGAUAAGAUGGCUUUUCUAACUAAUCCACUCAAUUUUCCCCCUACCUCCAAAAAAGAAAAAAAUGCCUGAAUAGUUAGAAUAGGUAUUCUUGACUUGAAAAUUCUAAAGAAUUGAACUGAAAAGGUAUUUCAUUUGCUUAUUUUAGUGCCCUGAAUUUACUUUUACAAUUCUGUAAUCAGUCAUUAGAAUUAAGUGUUUAAUUGUACGUGUUCAAAUUGAAAAUAUGUAUAAAGUCUAGCAAUUCUCAAAAAUGCCCUAGAAAUAGAUUUUAAUCACCAUUAUUACAUAAUGGCAAACCUUUUUAAAUGCUUCAACUACGUGGCCAGUGCCACCAGAGAUUAAGUUGCACUCAUGUAUUAUAAGUAUCAAACUAUAUAACAGGAGGUCUUGUGCAUUUCAAGUUUGCAAGGCCCCUGUGUACUUAAAAUAUGUAUGGAGACCUACUGUACAGUAGCUUUGCCCCUUUAAUUGGGGUACAUUAAUCUUAUGGUAUUUAUCCACCCAACCCCAGACUGAGAUACUGCUCCAAGGGGCCUUAGGUAGCUGCCAGUAAAUUAUUUUAAUUGCUGUCUUGAAGUUAACAAGUGUUAUAAUGAAAUAAUCUACCUGAUGCUAAAUAAUAAAGGAUUUAGAAUCUUCAAAAA